AUGGCGAAAGGAUCAAGUUAUGCGGUACCAGCGACGCCGUCGAGAGGCGGGGACCGAGCCGACUACGACUCGACUCCUGGUACGGAAGACCUGGUGACGACUGGGCGAUCCGUUAGCUUCGAGGACACGGAGUUUGAUCAUGACACCAAGGAUGAAGACGAUUACGUCGACGAUGAGUUGGAGGACAAGGCACCCGUCCAGGAGCCCGAACUCCACGAAUAUGCAGAUGUAUUUGUGAAGAAGUGUGGUGACGUGAAGUCGCUGCCACGCAACCUCGCAGACGAAUUCGAAGAAGCAGGCAAACCAGAGCCUGCUGAUGAUGAUAUUGACGAACUUCAUGACGACUUGAAGAAGUCAUCGACGAUGACCCGCGGCGCGAGUCAACUCACGACGAAGAAGGAUGGACCCCCCCGCCACACAAGUGCGAACAGUACGUUGAACGUCUUAGAGCCGACAGUGGCCGUCGAGACGUUGAACGUCUUGACGCGGGCCUGUGCUGGGUACCAGUACAAGAAGAUGGAGUUGGAGAACCCUCCGACUGAUACGUCGGAGUUGAUCUCGCUUUCAGUCAUUAGCUGGAAGCGUUUCGCAAAGGACCUGUACGAUGGACGCAUCGAACAGCUAUGCAUUCUUUCGGACGCCGAAAGAAUUGGUAAGACGAAGCAGGAACGCUUCGACGAGCAGAGUUGCAAGAUUUUGCGAGAGUACAAGGAUAUGCUCUCGGACGAGACUCCCGCGGAUGAAGUAUCCCGUCGUGACAGAGGCUACUGUCGCGGGAUCAAGCAAGACGAUGAUGAAAAUGACGCCACAACAGAGCUGGCGUGGCAGAUCCGUGAGCUCACGGCAAUGGAAGAGAUGGAUCCGACUCCAAGGUUCGAGAUCGCUCAACAUCGACCGCUGGGCAAGAUCACUCCUUUCCGCGGUAGACUGGACGAGAGGGAGAACUCCAUGCAGUGA